AUGAAACCGUUUGUGACAGGUCACGAAGAAUUAAUUCAUGAUAUCAAAUAUGACUUUUAUGGUAAACAUAUUGCAACUGCAUCAUCAGAUCAACAUAUUAAAGUUUUUGAUUUGGAUCCUACAACAUCAUCAUGGGUUUUAAAUGAUCUGUGGAAAGCUCAUGAUUCACUGAUAAUGAGAUUAUCUUGGGCUCAUCCUGAAUUUUCAAGUUCGAAACUAUUGGCGUCUUGUUCAUUUGAUAGAACGGUGAAAAUAUGGCAAGAACAAUUGGACGAAUUACACGGUUCUGGUAGAAGAUGGAUACGGUUAGCUACUCUAGCUAUUGAAUCUCAUGGUCCAAUAUAUGAUGUACAGUUUGCACCAAAACAUUUAGGUUUAAAGCUAGGAUGUGUUGGAAGUGAUGGAAUUUUCAGAAUUUAUGAAUCUUUAGAACCAAAUGAUUUAACAAGUUGGGGUUUAACUACGGAGAUUCCAAUCUUAAGCCUGCAAUUACCGGCCAAGAGUUUACAAAGUAGUUUUGCAGUCGAAUGGUGUCCUUCAAAAUUCACCAAGACAGAAAAAUUUAUAGUUGUUGCAUUAGAUCAAGGAUUUAUUUAUAGAAAUGUACCUAAACAAAUAGAUUCAUCAGAAGAAAAUGGUUGUGAAAAAUAUAUUAAAAUAUGUAAUCUACCUGAACAUAAUGGAUUAAUAAGGUCAGUAAGUUGGGCACCUUCAAUGGGUAGAAGUUAUCAUUUAAUAGCAACUGGAUGUAAAGAUGGAUAUGUUAGGAUUUUCAAAGCAACAGAAAGCCCUGGUGGUGAUUUUAAAAUUGAGGUUUUAGCUAAAAUGAACGAUCAUAAAUCUGAAGUAUGGAGAGUGAAUUGGAAUAUGACAGGUACUAUUUUAUCUUCAGCUGGUGAUGAUGAUCUGAUAAUCGUGGUAUAG